AUGAGCUUCAUCGAGACCGUCUUUCCUGUCAUCGGAGUCGUCCUUUCCAACGCGCUCUACUUUGCCCCGGCGUCGGGCGUCGCGGCCGUAGUUCGGAGCGGCCUGCUCGGCAACUUCAACCCGCUUCCUCAGGCCAUCAUGGUCUUGAGCACGAUUGCUUGGGCCAUGUACGGGCUGUCCGUCCCGAACGCGUACCUCUUCGCCGCAAACGCGCCGGGCGUGCUCGCGUCGAUCAUCUACUAUGUGAGCACCCUGCCUCUGAUCCCGCGGGAGGCGCAUGCGCAGCGGUGGAACGUGCAGGCGAUCGUCGUCGGAGGGGUGGCGUUCGAGCUGGCCCUCUGGGGCGGCAUCAUUUUCUCGGGCUGCACGGCCGAAACCCGCUCCUACUACCUCGGGCUGUACGGCUCGGCUCUCUGCGUCAUCCUGUUUGCCUCGCCGCUCUCGACAGCGGCGCUCGUGCUGGCGACCGGAGACUCGACCUCGAUCUACGCGCCGCUCACGCUCGCCCAGUGCGUCAACUGCGGCACCUGGACCGUCUACGGCUUCGCCAUCGGGGACGUCUGGGUGUGGGGGCCCAACCUCGUCGGGACGCUACUCGGGCUCGUGCAGGUGGGCCUCAAGACGGCCUUCCCGUCGCGAGGCAAGCAGGCGGCCGACCCGGCGGCGAAGCACCUGUUUCGCGACGACGGAUUCGUGCCGAUUCGGCCGCACUUAUCGGACAACGACGAGAUCUAG